AUGCUCGAUCGUAUUGCUAAGCUAAGCAGUGCGAUCCAACAACAACGUAAUAUAGUCAACAAUAGCUACCCACACACUCGAGGAGGAUUUAUACCAAGAGGCAGAGGACGAGGCAACAUGACACUAAAUAAUACAAGCUCUCAUUAUACCAAUAACAACAAUAAGAUUUAUACUCGACCUCCUCCAACCAAAAUUAAUACGCAUGCACCAUAUCCACCCAAGACCAGUCAACAUCGCACUUGGGUGCUUGAUAAGAAAAACAACAGCACGACAACACAUCGUGUGGAUCCUAUCACAGGAAAGAAGCAAGUGUCCAUCAAUGGUGUUGAUUUUAUUGUCAAAGGCAAGAAACUGAUUCGAAAAGACCUGGACAAUCAUGCUCAUACACAUGUACCCAAAGUCCUUGUGCGACGUACUAUGAAAAGACAACGAGACAAGCAUCCACUUAUCAAGCGCAAAUUACAUCAACGCAAUGGUAAUCUUGUCUAUACUCGUGAACCAGAAGGCUAUGUGCGUCAUGGCCCUUCUUCUCUUGUGUUAAAGAAUACCCUUCGUCCUAAAAAAAAGCGUUAUUGUGGGUUCUAUACUCGGUAUGGUAAAUGCCCUAAAGCAACUCAAUGUCCAUUUGUCCAUGAUCCUACACGGCGUGCUAUUUGUCCUCGAUUUCUGCAGAACAAAUGUACGAAACCCAUCUGUCGAUUAUCUCAUACACCCAAUCCUCAUAUCAUGCCUCACUGUGUUCAUUUUCAAAAGGGACGUUGUGCAAGUGUGAACUGUAUCUUUCCUCAUGUCUGUGUCAGUCAAGAUGCGCCUGUCUGUAGAGCAUUCGCUAUGGAAGGAUAUUGUCCCAAAGGACUUGAUUGUGAUGAAAAGCAUGUGCAUGUAUGUCCUGAAUUUGCAGAAACAGGUCAAUGUUCCAAUGCCAAUUGUCGAUUGCCUCAUGUAGCUAAAAGUAAGAAACAGUCGGGUAUUAUUCGAUUAGGCAGUUGGGUCAAUACAGCCUAUUUUCAUGCACAACGAUUGGCCAAGAAAGAAAAGAUGCAACAACAACAACAACAACAGCAACAACAGCAACAACAACCAACCAUUACAAAAGAAGAAAAAAGAGAAAAGGAAGAACAAGAUGGAUUUGUGAGGUUAUUUGAUGAUAGUGAUGAAGAUGAUGGUUGGAGUCAAUAUGAAAGAAAUGAUGAUCAAAAGACAUUAAGGUUUAAUGAAGAAGAUAGUAGUGAAGAAGAAGACGAGGAGGAGGAAUUUCAAGAUGCAUCUAGUUCGCUUGAUAAAGAAGAAGAAGAGGAAGAGGAGGAAGAAGAAGUAUAUGAAGAAGUGUCUGAUACUGAAGCGAUGUCUGAAGAUGAAUAA